AUGAGAACAAUAUGGAUAAACGAUAAGUCUGAGAAGGGAGAGGUGGUGGGACAGGAGAAGUACUUGGAGCUUCUCAAAGGGAUGCUUCUGAGCCGAGACCCCAAACGGCGGGUCAUCGUGGUCGUGGGGAUGGCCGGCAUAGGCAAGACGACGCUCGCUAAAUGCAUCUGCCGCGACCCGGACAUCGUGGCCCGCUUCACGAUUUUCGAUAGAUGGGGCCGUGAGCACGGGCUAGACGGCUGGGCAACCGUCAAGACCUACCGGGGGGACAUCUUCCAGUGCUUGCUGCCUUUCCACAGGCCCUUCCUAAAUACAGGAGACCAGUCGUACAAUGAGGUCAUGAGGGGCCACCUGCGUAGCCACCUGUCGGGCACCAGGUACCUUAUCGUGCUGGACGACAUGGGUGACCUCACGGACUGGAACCAGCUAAAAGGCGCGCUGCCGGACGAAGGCAACGGGAGCCGAAUCCUCGUGACGACACAGAACGCCGAUCUAGUGGGCGCUCUGCGUGCUUCGCCCCAUCACGUGCUUAGGGAUCCGUUCCUGGACGAGGACGCCAGCUGGCAGCUGCUCCGCCGGGCGGUGUUCGGUGCCAGCUGCCACGAACACGACUGCCCUUACGAGCUCGAAAGGGCGGGGAGGAUGAUCGCGAGCGGCUGUGAGGGGCUUCCGCUUGCGAUCCUCCACGUCGGGAAGCUCCUGCGUGGGGAGGAAAGGACAGCCGAGAGAUGGCGGGCACUUGAAGAGAGCGACAGCCUGUUCGACAACAAGGGCCUCUCGGCUGCUCUGAGUCCGAGUUACCGGAGUCUGCCUACACAUCUCAAGCAUUGCUUUUUGUAUAUGGGACUAAUCCCGAAAGGUACAGGGAUUCGCACGGCUAAACUCUUCCAAGCCUGGAUUGCUGAGGGAUUCGUUGAAAAGAGGAGGUCGAGUUCCCGCAGCUUGGAGGCAACAGCAGACGGCUAUCUGAACGAGCUUGUUGCCAAGAGCCUCGUUUUGGUUCGGGACAGGAGAUCGCUUGGUGGGACCAAGACCUGCCGGGUUCAUGUUGUCUAUCGGUGCUUUUGCGUUGCUGUGGCCCAUGACCACGAGUUUUGCCACGUGAUAAGCAAGUUGCACGCCAAUAGCUUCCCUCGGGGCAUUCGCCGCCAGCCGAGACUCUGCUUCCAUAACAACAUUAUACUCGGCUUCAAGCAAGUUCGCGUGAUGUUGGUAUCGGUGGUUUCGUCCAAACGCUCUGUUCUCUGCUACGGUCCACGUCAUCAGUACCCGGUAGAGGCUGACUUCCGGCCUUUUAAGCUGCUUCGCGUGCUGGAUUCGCUUGCUCUUCGUUUUUACGAGUUCCCGGACCAAGUGCUCUGUCUCGUCCGGCUGAGGUACCUUGCCAUCACGUACGACGGCGAGAUUCCAAAGUCGAUUUCCAAACUACGUAACCUCCAAGUCUUCAUUGUCCGACGGCAUCGGGUUGUCAAAUCAGCGUAUGCUCCGGUUAGCUACCUGCCGAUGGAAAUUUGGUACCUGGACAAGCUGAGGCACCUCCAAUGCACGGGAUAUGACCUUCUGGAUCCUUCUUCCAUUGGGCUAGAUGGUUCGUUUCUCCUCGAAAACCUUGUCACACUUUCGGGCGUGAGUGCCCACAGUUGCACACGAGGAGUGCUUGCUAGGAUGCCUAAGCUGGCAAAAGUUGGAAUAAGAAUCGAGCCGGCACCCAGCACAUCUGAGAUCUUCAAUCCUUUCGGAGAUUUUGAACAACUUUAUGAUGACUUUGAGUCGUUCAAAUGUGUUUUCGUGAGACCUGGUCUUGCCUCUCAUGUCAUUCCCUUGGUAACUCCAUCUUUCCCUAUCAACAUUACCAAAAUAACUUUGAGUGGAUGUGGGUUUCCGUGGGAGUAUAUGAGCGUGAUUGCUCGACUGCCUAAUCUUCAAGUGCUCAAACUGCGGUGCUAUGCUUUCUCUGGCCCUGUGUGUGUCUUAAACGAGUCGGGGUUCUCAAGGCUACGAUUUUUGCUGCUGGAAGACAUGGAUAUCAAGUGCUUGGUAGCCGAUCGGUAUGGAUGCCUCCAGGCACUCGAGUGCCUUAUUAUUAGGCACUGCUACAAACUGGAGGACAUCAAUUUGGAUGAAAGAGUGCCGCAUGAAAUGUUAGAGGUGCAGGGUUGCAGCCCAACAACCGAGGCUUGGGCUCGAAAAGUAUUAGGAACCAGAAGUGAUCAAUGUCGAGUUCACAUCCACUCCUCAAGAAAUGAUGAUAGCAAGCAUAAAUCGUGA